AUGGGGCAGGGUCGUAUUAAUCAACUUGGCGGUGUCUUUAUUAAUGGACGACCAUUACCGCAACAUAUCCGAAUUAAAAUAAUCGAAAUGGCCAGUAAUGGCAUUAAACCCUGUCAUAUUAGUCGUCAGUUACGUGUAUCUCAUGGAGCUGUAUCCAAAAUAUUGAAUCGAUAUGUCGAAACAGGUUCUGUAUCACCUGGACAAAUCGGAGGUAAUCCACGUUCACGACUGGCUAUUCAAGCUGUUGAGAAGCAUAUUUUGGCAUUAAAAGCGAAGUGUCCCAGUCUAUGUGCAAGUGAACUGCGCUCUUGCCUUAUCGAGCAAGAGAUCUGUUCUCCAGAAAAUGCGCCUACCGUAUCCUCCAUCAACAGGUGA